CCUGCUCGUCGUGGCGCAGGUGUGCUGUGAGUAUGGGAUGGUCCAUGUCCUUUCAGAGAAGGGAAGCAGCAAAGGAAAAGACUACUGCAUCCUCUUCAAUUCUCAGUGGGCCCAUUUGCCACACGACCUGGGUAAAGCUUCCCUCUUGCAACUGCAGGACCAGACAGCAUCUGUUUUGUGUUCUCCUUCUGAUGUGCCUGAUGGUGGAUUUAUUAAUCGAAUCCCCAUGGUGAUGCGAGGGAAUUGCACCUUCUAUGAGAAAGUGAGGCUCGCUCAGAUAAACGGAGCUCGUGGCCUGCUGAUUGUUAGCAGAGAAAGGCUGGUUCCUCCUGGGGGUAACAGGAGUCAGUACGAAGAGAUUGAUAUUCCUGUGGCACUGCUCAGCUACACMGAUAUGCUAGAUAUCGGCAAGAGCUUCGGCAGGUCGGUGAAGGGAGCGCUGUAUGCGCCCAAUGAGCCAGUGCUGGACUACAACAUGGUGAUUAUAUUUGUCAUGGCCGUGGGGACUGUUGCAAUUGGAGGCUACUGGGCAGGAAGCAGAGACGUGAAAAAGCGAUACAUGAAGCACAAACGUGAUGAUGGGGCAGAGAAACAUGAUGAUGAAACUGUCGAUGUGACUCCGAUAAUGAUCUGUGUGUUUGUCGUGAUGUGCUGCUCGAUGCUGGUCCUCCUUUAUUUCUUCUAUGACCACUUAGUCUAUGUGAUUAUAGGUAUAUUCUGCCUGGCUGCCUCAAUUGGUCUUUACAGUUGUUUGUCUCCCUUUGUAAGAAGAUUCCCCUUAGGAAAAUGCAGAAUCCCAGACAACAACUUGCCUUAUUUCCACAAGCGUCCCCAGAUCCGGAUGCUGUUGUUGGCAGCAUUUUGUAUCUCUGUCAGUGUAGUCUGGGGAGUCUUCAGAAACGAAGAUCAGUGGGCCUGGAUUUUACAAGAUGCUUUAGGAAUUGCUUUCUGUCUUUACAUGUUGAAAACCAUUCGCCUGCCUACAUUUAAGGGUUGUACCUUGCUCCUCCUGGUUCUUUUUGUGUAUGAUGUGUUUUUUGUAUUUAUCACACCUUUUCUAACAAAGACUGGGGAGAGUAUAAUGGUGGAGGUUGCUGCAGGCCCGUCUGAUUCUGCCACUCAUGAAAAGCUCCCAAUGGUCCUGAAGGUUCCAAGACUCAACUCUUCACCAUUGGCUCUUUGUGAUAGACCUUUUUCUCUCCUAGGAUUUGGAGACAUUUUAGUUCCAGGCUUAUUGGUGGCCUAUUGCCAUAGAUUUGAUAUUCAGGUGCAGUCCUCCAGAGUCUAUUUUGUAGCCUGCACAAUAGCCUAUGGAAUAGGCCUUCUUGUCACCUUUGUAGCCUUGGCACUGAUGCAGAUGGGCCAGCCAGCUCUCCUCUACUUGGUGCCCUGCACUCUUCUCACGAGCUUUGCAGUGGCUCUUUGGAGAAAGGAGCUCACAAUGUUCUGGACGGGCAGCGGCUUUGCGAAAGACCUACCUCAGCCUCCCCUGGUCAUAGCUCCCGUCAGCUGCCACGAGCUUCCCAAAGAUACCAACGUACCAGCUUCUCAGCAAGACACGGAGCAAAUGACGAAUCCCACCCUGCACGUGGAGGAGCUGCGUGACCCCAGCCUGGCGGCGGCGGAGCUGGACGAUCCCAAGGCAGAGACGGAACAGGGAGAAACUCCCGUCUCGCAGGGCGRGGAACCAGCCGGUCAGAACAAGGACGACCCCGACAGCAAAGGCCUAACCCCAGAGCAAGCCCCGCUGGAAUAAGCAAUCUGAUAGGAACCCUCUUUCUUCCCCCUCACAGACAGAUCCGCCUAAAACCAGUAUGUAUUUAGACUGGUUUAGUAGUGUCCACAUUCAUUGAGAAACCUCACCAGAAUUCUGAUCAUCAAAUCCAACUGAGAAUGUUCUGCCUCCAGCUUCGGUACAGCUACACACUUCAAAGAUCUUUCUGAAAUAUGGUGCUCUACAAGGGUUCUGAUGUAUGAAUUUUGGUGAUCAUUUUACUAGUGGAUGCCUUCUGCUGCUCCAGUUCCAUUAUACUGGGGUAGUAUUAAGAGUUUUUAUUUAAACAGUACUCUGUGCUUGUGUAGCUCUUGUGCUGCUUUAGCAUAGUGUAGUUGAACAUGGAGGGGGAAAGGAAAACCGUUGAACGAGUCUGCUACAAUGCUAAGUUGAGAGAAACAUGAUACCUUUUUUUAGCACUUUCCCUGUUGUUGUGUUUUACUUUUUUCCCUGCUUGUCAAAGCCAUUGAUGCAAGGGAAUGCUUUAGUAUUAACUGACAUUCAGGCAAUGCAGAGAGCUGGUGACAUGACCAGCCUCUGAGAGGACUUUUAUUACCAUGGUGCAUUAAAUGCAUCUCUUAAUGUCUUUUUUUCUUCUUUCUUUUUUUUUUUUUCUUUUUUUUUCCUUUGUUUUUACUUCCAGGUACCUGGGUUGGCUACUAGUCUAGUUUAAAAGGCAGGAUGAAUGGACCUCCAGGAAGCACUGUAAGCACUCGUCUGAGUUCUGGAGGCUGCCUCUGGGAAACAAUACGGUGUCUGUURCAACACACAGCAUAGUAAAAUAAGUUUAUUAUGAAUGUUUGUUUAAAAAAAAUCUAAACAGGUCAAGUAAGUGGUAGUGCUAUACUCAGCUUAAUAGGCAGUAUUUCCCUUAGAGAAACAUUAAAUGGAAAAUGGCUGUGGGGUUUUUGAGCUUCCGUUUGUUCCUUUUUUUAGGAACAUAGGUGUGAUUUCUUAAUUCCGAAGAAAACAGUCAGGUGUCAUCGUUCUCCAGGAGUGCGUGUGGUGCUGUCCUGGGUCGGGGUUUAGUUACUUGUCACUCGGUAACUAGUAAGCUGCCUCAGUUGUGUUUGAUCUCUGUCCCUAAAGUAGCCAGGGAGGCCUGUCAGGUUCUGGGAAGAGGCUGUGACCCAGCCUGUUAUUUUAUACCUUUUGCUACAUGACAUUAUUAUGAAGGACUAAAUCUCUCUACUUUUUAACUAUUUCAGGUGCAGCUGUUGUGUUACAUUACCAGAAAAUGUACAAUUUUUUUUGUAUGGCAUGAUUGAGCUUUUUAUGCAUCAACUUUGCUACAUGUUGAGGGUUAAUGAGGUUUGCAUAUCACUUAUUCCAUUUUAAGAAGUUGGAACACUUGGCUUUAUCAAAGGUGUCAGUUUUCUGUGCUUAUAUUGCAUUCCCUUAAAGAAAAAAGAUCUUCAAAUCUGAAAUGAAGAUGUUAUAGAAAUAUUCUAGAAUACAAUUUCAAAUGCCAGGCAAGAAAUACUUCCUGUGUAUUCCGAGACCCCAAAUGUGAUAUUUACAGUUAUAUCCCUUUGGAGUCAUGAUCCGAAGUGGAUUUUAAGUUCAGCUCUAGUUGGCCUGGUGAGCUAAAUGCUGGAAGGUUCUUUGUUUAUGCCCAUAGGCGUUAAAUUUCCAUCACAGUCUUUUGCUAGGCCUUCCAAAAGCUUGGUUUUGUGCUGUGUUUUGGAUGGGAACUUCUUUUUCACAUCUCUCCCGUGCCGUGGUGGGUGGACAGCCUGGUUUCUCUGGAGCGUUAAGGGCUUCCUGUAAAACCACACGAGGGAUUCCAAAUUUUACCUGCUUCUGCUUAAAGCUUCGAGCCCUCCCUGAUAAGUUGAUUUAAUGGUGAGUUUCUUGAAAAACUUUUGAGUCCAAAGACCUGUGCUACAUUUACUAUAAAUGACCCAAAUGGAUCAUGGUAAAUGGCAGUGGAGAGAGGUCUGUUUUCCAGUCUGCUCUUUAAUGGACUACGCUGGUUUUGCCAGGGGUGAAUGAAGCAGUUGUCACAAAAGCAACAGAGCGACAAAACGAAGCAGUAGAUGCAAAGCAACAGAGACAUUUUAUUCAAAACUUCAGCCAGCUGGAUUAUGCCUUAAUUUAAGCCACUGUAUAAGUAUGUAUACUAGACAUUUAUUUAAAAUAAGAAAAUAAACCUAUGUUUAAAUAGUGACCUUGCAAAUAGCAGGAAAAAAAUGUUUGGAGACUGACUCGGUUUUAUGUUUUCUGUCUUGACUGUCUUUCAGCCAUAGUGUUGUUUGGAAUAGGUUUUUUAUAUCCUUAAAAGACAGUAGGUUUUUUGAUGAUAACAAAGUACUAAAUUUUAUCAUCGUCUUGAAAUAUGUAUUUAAACACUUGCUCUCAUCUGAUGUAAUGUGUGUUGGGAAACAGUUUAUCUUAAGUUGUUUAUACAAAUCAAUUAAAAUGGAAAAAAUUCAAAUGCUGAUUAACUGGCAGGCAUUCAGCAGUCACUUUGCUCAUGUAUUUCAGAUUGGUCUGCUAGGAGCAUAAGCUUUAUUUUACAUUUGAGAGUUUUCAGUCUGAUUUUUAGUGUGUUUUUUUUUCUUCUCCCCAAAACUAGAAAGAUCAGCGUGGAGAAGGAAUCACUAUUUAGCUGCUCGUGCAAUACCUCCAGUUGAAGUAUGUGAGCUGAGUUCCAUACUCUGACUAUUCCAGUACUGUAUAAAUCAGGAGACCCUAGUGCACUCCUUUGGCUGCGACUGUUUGGAUCUUGAUCCGGCCUCAGCUCAGUCACUUCCAUCAAAAGCAAGGCUGUGCUCUUUGUUUUUCAGAAACCUCCCCGAUCAGCUUAACGUAAAACCUAAUGUAGAGGAACAGAUGAAGAGGAAACUGUUUAUACCUUUAUUU